AUGUUUUGUUCUGACUAUGCUCUUCAAGGGGUGAUGAUAUUACAACCAAAUAGUUAAAAUUGAUUUAACAAUCCUUUGAAAAGGGCAAGCAGUUUUUUUUUAGCGGAGCAAAGGUCGACUUGCCCCCCAGCAGGCAAAUCGAACGCUCUGCACCUUAUCGUGACGUUUUAUUGAUAACGACCUAUUUUACUGACGCACGUGGCGAAAAGGGUAGAAGGAGGGGCAAAUUAUAAAAUAUUGUCAUUCAAACAUUUCCCUACUUUGCUGUCCAUGAUCAAUGCAUUAACAGGAUAAUUUCAAUAAAGCAAUUUUGUCCCCCAUAUCCUAUUUGACGGGGAAUUGUAUCACGAUUAUUUGUAUGGCAAACGACAGAAGUGCUGGGGACGCAGCUUGGAUUAUGCAUCAUCAAAUGCCGUCGAAUCCCAAAUCCGCCUGGCCUUCAAAUUACAACUCAGAAAAUAAUAACGUGAACUGGAGUAAAGCUAUGGACGCUUCCCAAUACCCUGGUUAUUCCUCAAACUACUGGUACCCCCAGUCACAUUCCACAGCAGGGCACUAUGCAAAUGCCUAUUCUUCAGGAUCUGACAUGCAGCCACCUUACAACCCACAGGCAAUGCAAGCAUAUCCAAAUGGCCACGGUGUCUAUAACCCUGGUCCAGGCCAGUAUCCGGCAAGUUCUUUCCACCCAUCCAAUCCAUUUUACUGUGCAGACCAGAUGUCUCCCAGGCAGGCCCCAGGCCAGUACCCUAGCCAGGGCUGCCCAGGACCAGAGCAGAGCACAGGGGGGUCAGGACAACCACACGCCCAGCACCAACAUCCGCACCACCACUAUCCUGGACCACACUGUCAAGGGGCCUCUAGCUAUCUUCCUGGGUCUUACCCGCACUAUGGGGAAGGUGGUCCUGCGUUGCCCCCAUACCCCACUGGACAAGCCAUUCACCAUAGGCCACAGGCUGAGGCUUGGGCCCACUCGGGUGGGUAUGGGGGGCAGCCAGGCUCGCAGUGGCGGCCAGGCACCCAACCUCCACACAGCCACUAUGGGACCCCUGUCUGCCCCCAACAACCCCCAGCCUGGCCAGGGACUGGCACUGGAGCACCACCCCCCUAUGAAGCCAAGGACCAGCACUACCCAGGACCCCAUCAGCACCAGCGUGCCCCACAGGUGGGACCCAAACCCAGACCGGCCCACUCCCCUAACCCCACUAAUGGCAAGCCUGUUGACUUCAGCUCACCUCCCCAGAUGUACAAUAAACCAGGGCGGGGGGGGGCGCAGGAGCCAAAGCCUUCCCAGGGUGAGCCUCCACCCCCAGUCCCAGCUCCAGCCCAACCCCAGGGACCGAUCGGGCCUCAGUGCCUGAGCGACAACCCUAGCCUGGCCAAAGUCCAGCAGGUCAUUGCCCGGGUGCUUUUGCUCCAUGAGGAUGUGGAUGAGUUUGUGGGUAAAAAAUCAGACAAGAGUUACAGGUACCUAGAGGAACUACUGACCAAGGAGCUAUUGGUGCUGGAUUCAGUGGAGACUCAGGGACAGGAAGUGGUAAGGCAGGCCCGAAAGGAAGCUGUGCAGAGGAUCCAGGCCAUACUGGACCGGCUGGAGAAAAAGGCCUUCUGAACUGAACCGGUUCUGUAUAUGGACGGGUCUUACUGUUCUUUUUCUUGUGACAUUUGAAUCUUCCACAGUCAGGUUGUGGGCCUUAUUUAAGAUUUAAACCGGUCCCUUAGAAUUCAUUGGAGUACUAAGUCCUUGUUUGUUGACUACACCUCCCGGAUCAGAAAGGUUUAGAUAGGCUGAUUGUCAACAAGGGCGUAGGGGUUGGUUUGGAAUCGGGCCAGUUUGGGCUACUUUAUGCAGGUGUGAUCACAACAGUCUCCUGUAGCUCAGUUGGUAGAGCAUGGAUGUGCAACGCCAGGGUUGUGGGUUCGUUUCCUACGGGGGGCCAGUA